GGGGCAGAGACUCCCUCUUUCUUUUUUUUUCAAUCCUGGACGUAAGACAGCGGCGUCAGGGAAGGCAGACGGUGAAUUGUCAACUUUGAACAAGAAGCUGCUUGGUGCUUUACAUCCUUUCGCUCGGACGAAGACGCCCUCAACAUGUUGAUUCGAGAAUUCCGAAUCGUCUUGCCCGUGUCAGUAGAUGAGUAUCAAGUGGGCCAGCUGUAUACGGUAGCAGAAGCCAGCAAAAAUGAGACCGGUGGAGGAGAGGGUGUUGAAGUGGUGGUCAAUGAGCCCUAUGAAGAAAACGGGGAGAAAGGACAGUUUACCCACAAGAUCUACCACCUCAAGAGUAAAGUGCCAACCAUCGUGCGACGGCUUGCUCCAAAGGGAUCUCUUGAGGUCCAUGAGAAGGCCUGGAAUGCAUAUCCCUACUGCAGAACCAUUCUCAGUAACUCAUACAUGAAGGGCAAUUUUGAAAUUAAGGUUGAAACUUGGCACAAGCCGGACAUGGGAGAAAAGGAGAAUGUACACGGACACGAGAAAUGGGAUAAAGCUCAGGUUGUACACAUCGACAUUGCUAACCGUGUCAGUGAAAAGGAGUACAAAGCAGAUCAGGAUCCUGCCAAAUUUAAGUCUGCAAAAACUGGAAGGGGGCCCCUGGGACCUGAAUGGAAGAAAGACAUUCUCAACGACCCCAGCUGUCCACAUAUGUGUGCCUAUAAACUUGUCACGAUAGAGUUUAAGUGGAUGGGCCUGCAGUCAAUGGUGGAAAACAUCAUUCUAAAGGCGGAGAGGCGCAUUUUCACCCACUUCCACAGACAGCUAUUCUGCUCGAUUGACAAAUGGAUCGAUCUUUCCAUGGAUGACAUCCGAAAAAUGGAGGAAGAGACAAAAAAGGAGCUGGAUGAGAUGAGACAAAAUGGUGAAGUUAAAGGCAUGGCCAUUGAUGACUGAGGGCGUAAGCAAUUUUCUUUGUCCAGUUGGUGCUCUUCAUGCAGACUGUACCCUUGAAACACUGGACCGAGCCCUCCCCUUUCUGAUCCGAGGAGGCUACAGUUCCUUUAUAGAAGCUUAUAAUUAUACAUUCAAAAGCAGUUUGGGAAAAAAAACGGUAGCUUCAGUCAACAAGUUUGCGAGGUGCUUGAACCUUGUAAAUUUACUGGCAUGAAGUGACCUAUACCAGUUAUCCUGUCAGUGAUUUGUCAUGUCUGAAUUGCACUCGAUUGAUACAUUACCGUUUUAUUGUUGUAUGGUCUCCAAAAGACAAAGUUGUUCAACUUUUUUUUUCUUCUUUCUCCUUUAAUACAAUGAAACGUGUUGCUUUUGAGACUUUUGUUAUGUCAGUUCCUAUUGUUUGGGGCUUACAGAUGAUCCUUUUAGUAUCUUUUGAAGGAUUCUAUGUCAUCAUUUGAGUAACCACAAGAAAACCCCCCGCUUAUAUGUUCUAUUAAAACUCCCUGAUAUUAAGUAGUGUAUUUAUUUCCAUUUUCAAAGGAUCAUUCAGAGGUGGAGGAAAAUGCUGAUGUAAUGGCUCGGUGAGCUAACUGAUGUUUUGUACACUCGAACUUUUCUUUCUUUCUUUUUUUUUGUUGCAGGUGCUAAUGUCAUUAUCACUCAAGUUUGCAAAGAUUUGGGAACCUAUUUUUGUGAUGAUACUUGGAUGAAAUGGUAUUGGAUUUAAUGUCAUCCAUUUGAGUGUCUACCAAUGUAUGUCAAAUGUACACUUGUCAUUCCUUUUCAUCUUCUUUCGAUUCACUUGCAGAACCAAUACUUGUUGGGAAAUGACCACAGGAUAUUUUGCAUAGGCGUUUAUAAUCAUUUGUGGAUUAGGUUUACUCAAUGUUUCCUGUCAUUGAUGGAACCUUUGACUUGGACAUUUCAAGGAACACAUCUCUGAUAUGGAGGCGUUUACAUUCACAACAACACUUGAGACAGCCUGCGUGCGCAUGAGCCCAAGUUGCAAGGAAAUAACUUCACAAGCAUCACCAGCAGACAGUGACAACGUGGAUGUCAACUGUAAUACACAAAUAGUCAUCAAAAUAUCAGCCUUCGGGCCGUGUUCAAUUUCACUACACUGCAGCUAGCGAGAGGACAUUGUUGGCCAUUUACAGACACUCCGUUGUUAAUUGAAUUUUUACCGUUUCCAGCAAAUUGUAUAAGUUUUUUUGUAACAUCAGUUUUUGUCAUUAGUGUAAAAUAUCCAUUUUUAUUUUUUACCCCUUCAAAUUCCACUUUUUUUGGAAUGCGCACGAUGUACAAUUUCAAAAAUUAUAUUUUUGUGGUCACUGUCAGUAGUAUUUAGCAUGGUCUUUUUUUUUACAGAGCAGAUGAAACUAUUACAUCACUUGGGUGGUGGGCGUGGUGGAGCCUGUCCGAGCAAUUUAGAGCCUUUAAUUAACCGAGCAUCAAUCCAUCCAUCUACCCAUCUGUUCUCAGAACAGCUUAUCAUGUUUCUGGAACGUGGGAGCACCCGGAGAAAAACCCACGCAGACACGAACACGGGGAGAACAUAUCAAACUCCACGCAAGAAAGACAGAGCCCGGAAUGAAAUUCACGACCCCCAGUGGACUGCCACUCAUUCUGCAAGUUUUUAGCGUGUGAUUCUGACCCUGUGGUUGCAAGGUGUGCUCUUAAAAAAAAAAGACAUUUUUGUGAAGAUUUGUAAGUCACAAGUGAUUAGUCAUCAAGCAUUGAAAACAAUGCUUUUAUGCAAGUCAUCCUGUGUGGAGUCACCAAAAGACUAAAACUGGAGCAAGUAUUUUCCCCAAAAGCUGUUAAAUGUAAACACUUUGGUUUAGUUGUUCAAAUGUUGCUCAUUGCUGCUUUUCACUUGGUUUUGUACAAUAAUGUGUGUGUGUUUUUUUGUGUGUGUGGGGGGGGGGGGUCAUGUUUUGGAGCAUUGAAUGGUAUUUGUUGCAUUUGCUUUUUUCUAGGUCUUCGUUAUUUUAGUAUGACAGAGAACCUGACAGGGAUUCAAAUAUGGCUCAAUUUUGAGUUUUAUUUUAAGUGCAUUAUCUUUUAUUCAUUUAAAAUUUUAACUAAUGUUGGAUGCAAAUUGAAAGUUACGGAGCAAAAGCAGUUAUUUUAAUGGCGCUAAGAGGUGUACUUUUUGUUUUUCCUUUUCUGUGGAAUACAGUUCUAUUAAAAAUC